UCAGGGGUCCUGGACAUGACCGCCACGGAGAACACCAUCCGUUUUAGUGUCCAUACCCUGGACAAAGCAACCAAAGCAAAAGUUACUUUAGAAAAUUAUUACAGUAAUCUUAUAGCCCAACAUGUAGAACGAAAGCAGAGGUUAGCAAAAUUAGAAGAAUCCUUAAAAGACGAAAGUCUCUCUGAGGAGCAGAAACAUGAAAAGAGGCUACAACAUGCCCAAAAAGAAACCGAAUUUCUUAGGUUAAAACGAUCUCGACUAGGUGUUGAAGACUUCGAACCCCUCAAAGUGAUAGGUAGAGGGGCUUUCGGAGAAGUUAGAUUAGUACAGAAGAAAGAUACUGGCCACGUUUAUGCCAUGAAAAUUCUCAGGAAAGCAGACAUGUUAGAAAAAGAACAGGUGGCACAUGUGAGAGCAGAACGUGAUAUUUUAGUAGAAGCCGAUCAUCAGUGGGUAGUAAAAAUGUAUUAUAGUUUCCAAGAUCCCAUUAAUCUGUAUUUAAUAAUGGAAUUUCUACCGGGAGGUGAUAUGAUGACCCUUCUCAUGAAAAAAGACACCCUUUCUGAAGAUAGUACGCAGUUUUAUAUAACAGAAACAGCACUAGCCAUUGAUUCGAUUCAUAAACUCGGUUUCAUCCACAGAGAUAUCAAACCGGAUAAUUUAUUGUUAGACGCCAAAGGACAUUUGAAAUUGUCUGAUUUCGGAUUAUGCACUGGUUUAAAGAAAUCUCAUCGGACGGAUUUUUAUAGGGACUUAAGUCAAGCGAAGCCUUCGGAUUUUAUUAUUACCUCGAGUCCUAUGGAUAGUAAACGCAGAGCGGAAAGCUGGAAGAAAAAUAGGAGAGCCCUGGCUUAUAGUACAGUAGGCACACCUGAUUACAUAGCACCAGAAGUAUUCAUGCAAACGGGAUAUGGACCUGCUUGCGAUUGGUGGUCAUUAGGUGUUAUUAUGUAUGAAAUGUUGAUAGGUUAUCCUCCGUUCUGUUCGGAAAACCCUCAAGAUACAUACACAAAAGUGAUGAAUUGGAGGGACACCUUGGUUUUCCCCGCUGAAGUACCGAUCUCUGAAGAGGCCAAAGAUACAAUCAUUAAGUUCUGUUGUGAAGCAGACAGAAGACUGGGAUCUCAAAAAGGUCUAGAAGACCUAAAAUUAAAUCAGUUUUUCCGAGGCGUCGAUUGGGAGCAUAUAAGGGAAAGGCCAGCAGCCAUACCUGUAGAAGUUAAGUCAAUUGAUGACACAUCAAACUUUGAUGAUUUUCCUGAUGUUAAACUUGAAAUUCCUUCUGCACCCCUUCCUCAAGACGGCGAGAUCAAUUAUAAAGAUUGGGUGUUCAUCAACUACACAUUCAAAAGAUUCGAAGGACUCACUCAGAGAGGUACUCCAACGAAGAAAUAG